CGUCAAAUCUGUCAUUCAGUGACAUGAAAACAACAACAAUGAAAGAUGGCCGAAGACAUCGCAAGAGAAGACAUCAAAAACAUUUUGGCCAGGCUCAACAGAAAGUUCGAGGUGCAAUUCGUCAAAUGGCAGGAUUCGAAAAUAUUCGAGGCGAAAAUAAAAACGCAAAUACCGCAGGACAACGAAGACUUCAGCGCCUUGUGCGACGAAUGGGUAGACAAAUUCUCCGAAGUGACAGACACAAUAUGGGCUAAGAAGACAUCGAACACCGGACCCAAAAUCAGAUUCCGCAAGCAAUACCAGUGUUGGACGGGCGAAGGGAAAAUCAUCAAAACGGAACUGUUAUUCGACAGGACGAGAUGCAAGGGUUCCUUAGAUUUAAAGGUCCUAUCGGACAAUCCUUUGUCGAAGAGGAAAAACAAAAAUGUUAGGUUAGGAUUGAAUCUAGCUGUCAAAAUGACAUUUCACCACCUCCAUCAAGUAGACACGGCGCAACCUUCGGCUUUCCUCGUACACCGGUGUUCUCCGCAACAAGACGUUCCCCGAGUGCCAAUCCAACCGAACGCCAGGCUGCCCGAACUGGUGGCCGCCGUCGUGCAAAAGGGCCCGGAAAUAUCGCGCAAGGCCGCCGAAAAAGCCGAGAAAAUCAUGGCGAAAUUGAACCACACGAAUCAAACGGCCCUCGACUGCGAAGCCACCGCAGCCAGCAAUAACAAACAGUUAAACGUAGAAGUAAUAGGUGACCCGUCGCCCGAUACGGUGGAGUCCAUCAAAUUGGAGACGUACCUCAGCGAUCCUCAGUACACUCAAUUCAUCGUGAAUACCCCGCAAUUCGACUUUAGCGAUCAAGUUUUUAUGUAUCAGCCGUUGGUGUUGGACGUUCCACAGCUGAUUUCUCUCACUGCGCAUUCUUCUGCGCCGCAAUUUUUGCAAGUACAAGCGAGAGCGGACGGGCAAACGCAGGGCGGGCAAAUUUUAUAAUGGGCUAUCGAUGCUCGAGUAAUUUUUUAAUUAGUUAGGGACAUAUAUGCUGUAUUAAAUUAUUCUUUGGGUGAUAUUUUUUGUGUUGUGUAAAAAUGUUUUGUAUAUAUUUGAUUUAGGCGUGUAUAAAUAUAUUUUUUUGUAGAUUUUUUUAUUUAGGGAUCGAUAGACUUUUUUUGUUUUUUUAAAUUUUUAUUUAUACAAUCUACGAUAACAAAAACAUCAACGUUGUUUUAACGAUUUUAUAAAAAUACAAAUUAUUUGACAUUGUUUUGAAAAUGAUUGUUU